AUGGCACCGAAAACCAGCGGAAAGGCCGCCAAGAAGUCCGGCAAGGCCCAGAAGAACAUCGCCAAGGGAGACAAGAAGAAGAGGAAGGUCCGCAGGAAGGAAUCCUAUGCUAUCUACAUCUUCAAAGUGUUGAAGCAAGUCCACCCUGAUACGGGAAUAUCUUCCAAGGCCAUGAGCAUCAUGAACAGCUUCGUCAACGAUAUCUUCGAACGUAUCGCUGCUGAAUCCUCUCGGCUGGCUCACUACAAUAAGCGCUCGACCAUCACAUCCCGCGAAAUCCAGACUGCCGUCCGUCUGCUGCUUCCGGGAGAGUUGGCCAAGCACGCCGUCUCUGAAGGAACCAAGGCUGUCACCAAGUACACCAGCUCCAAGUAA